CCUGCCACCGCUCCGCCGGCACAGCCCAGGGGAGCCCGAGAGCGGCAGAGCCUGCGAGCCGGGGAGGGAGGGAGCAGAGAAGGGAAGGAGCGAGGGCGCGCCCGGGUUCUCCCUCUGCCCUGCUGCCCGCCCUUCCUGCUGCUACAGCUUGUCUGUUCCAGACACCCUGGAGUCCCUUCAGACCAGCCCAGAGGGCGCGCACCUGCCAGCCGCCCCUGACCUCGCAGGCCAGGCGGCCCCCGAGCCUGAGAAGAUGGCCAAGCCCGAGACCGACUGCCGCUCACCUGUCGGCCUCGACUGCUGCAAUUGCUGUCUGGACCUGGCCCACCGCAGCGGGCUCCAGGGAGACAGCGGCGGGGACAACAACAACCCGGGCAGCCCUACCGUGAGCAACUUUCGGCAGCUGCAGGAGAAGCUGAUCUUCGAGAACCUCAACACCGAUAAGCUCAACAGCAUAAUGCGGCAGGAUUCGCUAGAGCCCGUGCUGCGGGACCCCUGCUACCUGAUCAACGAGGGCAUCUGCAACCGCAACAUCGACCAGACCAUGCUCUCCAUCCUGCUCUUUUUCCACAGUGCCUCUGGAGCCAGCGUGGUGGCCAUAGACAACAAGAUCGAGCAGGCCAUGGAUCUGGUGAAGAAUCAUCUGAUGUAUGCUGUGAGAGAGGAGGUAGAGAUCCUGAAGGAGCAGAUCCGAGAGCUGGUGGAGAAGAACUCCCAGCUGGAGCGUGAGAAUACCCUCUUGAAGACCCUGGCGAGCCCGGAGCAGCUGGAGAAGUUCCAGUCCCGUCUGAGCCCUGAAGAGCCAGCUCCUGAAACCCCACAAGCGCCUGAGGCCCCCGGUGGUUCUGCGGUGUAAGUGGCUCUGUCCUCAGGGUGGACAGAGCCACUAAACUUGUUCUACCUAGUUCUUUCCAGUUUGUUUUGGCUCCCCAAGCGUCAUCUCACGUGGAGAACUUUACACCUAGCAUAGCUGGUGCCAAGAGAUGUCCCAAGGACAUGGCCACCUGGGUCCACUCCAGUGACAGACCCCUGACAAAGAGCAAGUCCCUGGAGGCUGAGUUGCAUGGGGUCUUGUCACCCCAAGCCAGUGAGCCUCUAAUGCCACCGCGCCCUAGGGGCUCCCAGAGCCUGGGCAACUUAGCUGUGACUGGCAAAGGAGAAAGGUAGUUUGAGAUGUGACGCCAGUUAGUUCCAGAAAGUAUCAGGGGUCUGUUUUUCAUUUCCAUGGACAUCUUCAGCAGCUUCACCUGACAAUGACUGUUCCUAUGAAGAAGCCACUUGUGUUUUAAGCAGAGGCAACCUCUCUCUUUUCCCCCGCCUCGCCAAGGCAGGGCCACAGAUGGGAGAGAUUGAGCCAAGUCAGCCUUCUGUUGGUUAAUAUGGUCUAAUGCAUGGCUUUGUGCACAGCCCAGUGUGGGAUUACGGCUUUGGGAUGACCGCUUACAAAGUUCUGUUUGGUUAGUAUUGGCAUAGUUUUUCUAUAUAGCCAUACAUGCGUAUAUAUACCCAUAGGGCUAGAUCUAUAUCUUAGUGUAGCGAUGUAUACAUAUACACAUACACCUACGUGUCGAAGGGCCUAACCAGCUUUGGGAAUAUUGACUGGUUCCUUAUCUCUUAAGGCUAAUUCUUUGACUGUGUUCAUUUACCAAGUUGAUCCAGUUUGUCCUUUAGGUUAAAUAAGACUAAAGCGUAAAGACAGGGAGGGGGCCAGCCUCUGAAUGUGGCCACAGAUGCCUUGCUGCUGCAACCCUUGCCCCAUCUGUCCCCUGAAGACUUGUGAGGUCCUCUUUUAAAAGCCAAACCCACCAUUCACUGGUGCUGACUACAAAGAAUGGGUUUGAGAGAAGAUCAGCUAGGACUUCACAUUGCCAUUCAAAACUCUUCUCUCUUUUUUUUUUAUGUUUGUGGGAAACUUUCAAGUGAACAGAAUGAUUGCCUUGCUGGUGUCCUCAUGUGGACAAGGGAUGGACGAGGGAACGGCUUUGACCUGACGGUGCCUGGGUGAUGUGCUCAGGGAGCUUGUCUCUAGCGGGUUCAGUGAACACUUUCCACUUUCUGACACCUGAUCCUGAUGUAUGUUUCCAGGAUUUGGAUUUUGAUUUUUCAGAUGUAGCUUGAAAUUUCAAUAAACUUUGCUCUUUUUUUUUCUAAAAAUAAA